UUUACCGCCAGCAAUUAUAUUCAGGUACUAAAAUAAAGAAAUGGAAAUGUUCGAAACAUUUUUAAAUUCGAUACCAAAGAACCGUUCAGACAUGGUGAAUGAGUUGGAAAUUCCGGAGGUAACAUUAUCUCCGUACUUAUGGACGGAUCGUGACGAAAUCCUCAGCACUAGGAGUGACAGUGUCCUCACCGGGAGUGAGGAGUACGAGGUUAAGACCUACAGUACAGACUCGAGUCUGCCCUUGUCCAGGGCUAUGACAGACUCCGAGAUCGAUUACGGGAGGUAUAGGCGGCUGAAGAGUAGAAGUUUGAGUGACCCUUGGGAUCAAAUGAGGGCUGCACUGGACGCCUUUCCGUCAGAGUACCUCGCUUCUCUUAAUAGUUUCGAAACAUCAACAUCCGACGUGAUGGAAGAAGCGUGCACGCAGGAGCGUCUGCGGCUUUACAACGACGAGCUGAAGCUAAAGAUGGAGCGGUUCUUUGAAGAGGAGUGCCGCGUGUUCACGCCUGAUGACCCUGGGCUGCUUGCGUUGGAAGAUGCGCUGCAGACCAUGGACUUAAAGACAUUGGACUCCGAUUUAGAUAGUGUAACGACGACCUAA